AUAUCAAAGAACAAAUCAAACCGAUAAAUGAAAUUGUUAUAGACGCGUUUAUUAAUUCAGGAACUGCACCACAUAUAAUCAAAGAAUUAUAUAACACAAUUCGAGAUAGUCAAAAGAAAUCAUUCAAAAGAUGCUUCACUCCUUGCAAUAUUUAUAUUUGGGGAGACUCUAGAACAGGAAAAGACUAUCUCAUUCAAUUACUUUCUCCAGAUGCAUACCAUAAAUCGCAUGAUGAUAAGCAUUGGUUCGAAGGAUAUGAUGAAAACAAAGUUUUUAUAUACGAUGAUUUUUACAAUUCCAAUAUGGAAUUUUCAACUCUGUUAACAUUAAUCGAUAACAAACCGCAUACAGUUCAAAAAAAAGGCGGUCAUUUGAACUUCUGUUCAUUUGUGAAUGUAUUUACAUCAAAUACAUCUUUGCGAAAUCAAUAU